GUUAGUUCAAGCUGCGUGCGAGUGAUAUUGAUGUCACAAAAGUCAGUUCCUCCAACCAUUUGCGGGUGCGUCGUGAGUCGUGACAACGCUUGAUCAGCCUGAGCCAUUAUUCUACCUCACACAUUCACACGCCUCUUGAGCCUUUCACGUCGCUUUCCCGCCAACAUACCCAUCUCCGGUGACGGAGUCCAAACGCAUCGUUCUCCCGGAAACCUCAACCUCCCAGAUCGAUCGAUCUAGCCCCCCUCGCCGGAGGAAGCUCGCCAUGGCGGACGCCAUCGUCUCCGCCGUCAUAGGCGAGGCCGUCCGCAGGGUGAUCUCCCUCCUCACGGGACGCUUCGGAGUCGGCCACCAGCAGAGCACCGAGGACAAGCUGCGGAGGAUCUGCCGCACGCUCGUCAGGAUCCACGCCGCGGUGGAGGAGGCCAGAGGGCGGCAGAUCACCAACGAUGGCGCCCUCCGGUGGCUCUCGGAGCUCAUCGACGGCGAGUACCAGGCCCGGUACCUGCUCGACACGGUUGGCCUUGGCCGCGGCAGCCGGGACGAGCUCGAGGUCACGAACUCCCGCGACGACAACCAGGUGCCGGCGCCUCCUCCUCCGCGAGAUUCCUCCACUUCCCCGUUCAACCCUGCGAAGCGCGUGCGGCGGGUCGCCGCGACCGCCGUGAGGAGGGCUUUGUCGCGCGGCGAUCCCGGUACUGACGGCGACGAGAUCGACAGGGCUCUCGAGAGCUUGCAGGAGGCCUCGGCUCACCUCGGUGAGUUCAUUCUGCUCCUCCAAGGCUGCCAGCCGAUCCGCCGUCCCCUGCCAACGAGCAUCUUCAUCGACGGGCAGAUGUUCGGCCGGCACGUGGAGAAGGAGCGGGUCAUCAACUUCCUCCUGCACGACGGCGGCGCCGGGGAGCUGGGCGUGCUCCCGGUCGUCGGCGCCGUCGGAGCCGGCAAGACGACCCUGAUGCAGCACGCCUGCGACGACGACCGGGUGCGCGGGCACUUCGCCGCGAUCCUCUUCCUCAACUUCCCGUGCACCUACGCCAUCGCGGCGAGCGGAGGAGCCGCCGCCGCCGCCCUCCGGUCCAAGCACGUCAUCGGCGACGCUCCGCGCGGCCUCAGCGACCCGCUGCGGUGGAUCAAGGGGAAUAAUUUUCAGAGCAAGCGGUUCCUGAUCGUGUUUGAGGACGUCGACAUGCGCGGGAAGCAGAGGCUGGAGGAGCUCCUGCUCAAGCUGAGGCGCGCCGGCGCCGAGCAGGGGAGCAGGGUGAUCUUCACGACGAGCAACCGGCGCGUUUCGACGUUGGGGACGGUGGAGCCGGUCGUGCUCAAGGUCCUGCCCGCCCCGGAGUACUGGUUCUUCUUCAAGGCGCACGCGUUCGCCGGCAGAGACCUCGAGGAGCGCCCGAGGCUGGUGACCGCCGGCAAGGCGAUCGCCCGGAAGCUGAACGGAUCAUUCUUCGGAGCCAAGAUUGUGGGAGGAUUGCUCAGGGACCAUCCGGACCCCAGAUUCUGGUGCAGGGUGCUGGGGAGCAACAUUGGGGGCCUCUCUCUGCUGGGCGAUGGCCUUGGUUACAUUGCGGAUUUGUCCGAGAACCUGCUGCCGGAUCAUGUGAGCGUUCACCAGGUGACCAUCUCCAAGGCCCCCUUCGCCUCACAGGUAGAGCUGCCAAGAUUUCAGGACCUGGUGUGUGAACCUCGUGGCCCGGGGAUCGGCACCGGCACCGGCUUGGCGGAGAACACCAGCUCUGUCAGAGUGCUGCUGUGCAAGUCGGUGAUGCCGUUCUACAGCACUUACUACAUUGCUUCUUGCACUGUUGGCUCAGGAAACAGUAGGUACGAGCGCGCUAUGGUUUCGUCUAAUUUGUUGUUGGAUCAUGUGUAAAUAGCGUCAUGUGAAAAACAAGCUUGUAUAUGUCUGUCAUCCAUGAUCCAAGUGUGUUUCCUUGUGUACAUGUGUUCUCAAAGCAGGAGCUCUGUUGUGCUCACAGGAGAUGUGAGCGAGAGAGAGAGAGAGAGAGAGAGAGAGAGAGAGAGAGAGAGAGAGAGAGAGAGAGAGAGAACGUGAUGCCUCUGUCUUUCUGUAGCUUCUAAAGUAUGUGUAUAAUUGCCUGUCAUUUUCUUCUUCCUAAAUGCCGGCGAAAGAUUUUCAUGUCA